CUCACGAGGACACGGAUCAUACAGCUGGGUCCACAUGUUCCACAGCUCUGUUGCUCGGAAACUUUUCAGUCCACCUCAUAAACUCCACUGAGGAUGGAGAGGUCAGACAACUUCACAACGCCCCAAGUUCUUCCCCUGCAGAGGGCUAAUAGUGCGUCCCAAACGGACAAAAGCGAUGGCAACGCAUACGUGUACAUUUUCAUAGUAAUCUCCUUCUAUGGGGUCUUCCUCGUUGGUAUAAUGCUGGGCUAUGUUCGCUCCAAAAGGCGGGAGAAGAGAAGGUCGAACGUUUUUACGCGCCUGGUGCACGAGGAGGAGCAGAGGGAAUGGGGCGCGCUGCAAAAGAAGCACAGCAUCACCAUGCCCUCCUUCCAGGUGUCGCUUCCCUUCUCCGCGGGGAGCCAGGACUUCUAUGAAGGAAGGGUCCUAAGCUCCCCUCUGGCCUGCGCCCUGUUCUCCAUUGAGCAAAGCAGUGUCCGUUCACUGUGCUCCUCCGCCGACGUGCGCUUUGCCAUCGAGGAGGAGUCGGACAGCGAGACCGGAGGGCCGGAUGAGACCCUGAAGGGCAGCUCUACUGACAACAGCGACGACUCGGCCGAGAUACAGAUACUCCGAGAGGACCUGUGACGCUCAGAACAGAUGAUGAGAGGGGAAAUAAACGCAAAAAAACGGUAGACUUUCCAUCCCUCUACGUCAUAUAGGAAUUAAGUUGAGAUAUUAAUGACUGGUAAAGUUUAGCUCGACAUAUGGAACAAGUGCUCUCUAACCAUCCGGUUCUGAGCAUUGAAACGUACCUGGAACCCACUUGAAAUAUAUUUUCUGUAACGAAACCCUCUUAUGAUGUAGCCUAAUGAUUUCACUGUGCGGUGUUAAUAAUGUCUAUGUAGGUUUACUUGGGGUUGUUGUGUAAAUGGAAGAGAAAAAAACAAAGCUCUGUUGAAAAAAAUCCUGCUCUGUUUAAGAGAUAUGGUUCUUCUCUUCUCUUCUAGGGAAAUAAAUGUUUUUAUGUUGAAAAAAGUUUAUCCUCUUUUUUAAAUCAAAGGGAGGUUGCAAUAUCUAGUUUUCUCCAAAAGGGGGCAGUGCUGCAGUAGUUUUACACCACCUGUUGCUGAGGCACACCAGUCAUUUCAGUAGAAUCAGCAUAACGUGGGGUUUACCAUCCUGUCCUUGCAUUGUCUUAUUUGUUCUGAAGUGUUGGCAUACUAAUUGAUCGAAUAAGAAGCUAUUUUUUUCAGGCAGUUAGCUGAUUAUUUAUUUUGACUUAUUUACAUUUAAGUCAUUUAGCACAAUUAGCAGACACUCUUAUCCAGA